AUGCCUUUCACCACCCGAUUCGUGGCCCUUAUGGGCCUAAUGGCCUUCUUUAGCAAACUUGGCCAUGCUCAAUCCAUUCCUAUGGCUUAUUGCGCAAGCAUCAACACAGCAUCAACAAUAGGCAACAGCAGUAUAUACCAAUCUGAUGGAUUGUGCCACGAUUUCUGCUCAGCCACCUCAGCUUUUGCUGUUGUUAAAGAUGAUGAGUGCUGGUGUAGCGAUUAUGUACCCGACAAAACAACACAGGUAGAUACCGACAAGUGUGAUUCGGGAUGCCCUGGUUUCCCGUCUGAUACGUGCGGAGGUGAUGGACUAUGGGGAUAUAUAUCUCUGGAUCAUAAGCCUUCGGGCACCAAGACUGCCGGCUCCGCCUCAUCUACUAAAUCGCCAACUCCUGAUACAUCGAAAUCGACGGGAGAUGGCUCUACAGCACCCACUACUCCGAGCGUAUCUACAGUUACAGCGGGAGGUACUGUCAAGACAGUUACCAUAAUGCCUACAGCUACAGCUGACCCCAACGCCGUGACUUCACCGGAUGCCGACUCAAGUGAAAUAUCAUCGAAUCAGCAUGGUCUCACAACCGGUGCUGCAGUUGGCGUGGCAAUUGGUGUAUUUGCCGCCGUGGGCAUGGCUAUAGGUGCCGCCCUUUUCUUCUGGCUCCGCCGCAGAAGACAAGACCAAGGUGAUGCUCUCGCAGAUUCCCCUGGGAGUCAGCGUGGAAGUUCAGCAGGUAUGAUGAGCACGCCAACAACCGCGAUGGCCUCGGUAUGGGAUGGCGAUACCGCAUCAGGAGGCCGGAGAAACAGUCGAUUCAUGCCGCAUGAUCCUCGCAUGGACCCAUUUGCAGCAAAUAUCUACAGCCGCGAGAAUAAGAGCCACGAGAGCAUUAACACUCUCCAAGAUAACCACGAUUAUUCGCGAAAAGUACUUCGAACCACAAAUCCUGACCCGCCCGAUGGCGAAUAA